GCUCGGAUGCGCCCCAUACUGGAGAACUCCAGGACACGAGACGAGACUUCAUUCCACCUCUGCAGUUCGGUACGAACGGGAAAGCCGAGAAGUUUAACGAAUUCGCGCAGUUCCAAUCCGGAUUUUCGUCGUCCUCUUUAUACAAGAUCCAACAGAUCGAUAUAUUCUCAACUCAAGAUGUCUUGCCCAGCUCCAUCCCUCAAGGACCUCCCGAAAGUCGCCGGCGACUUGAAGAGCGAACUGGAAGGAUUCAACAAGUCCAACAACUUGAAGAACGCCGAUACCCAGGAGAAGAUCAUCCUGCCUUCAGCCGAAGACGUCGAAUUGGAAAAGACGCACAACGCGCUCAUCGCGGGCGUCGAAAACUUCCAACAGUCCACCCUAAAGCGCACAGAUACCAAAGAGAAGAUCGUCCUUCCGAACGCGCAAGAUGUUGCCUCGGAGAAGAACGAGAAAGCGUUGAUCACCGGCAUCGAGAAUUUCGAGAAGAGCAAACUGAAGCACACCGAGACUCAGGAAAAGAAUCCGUUGCCAGAUAAAGACGUCGUUCAGCAAGAAAAGACUCACCAGAACUUGAUUAACGGCGUGGAACAGUUCGAUAAAACCACGAUGAGGCAUGCCUUGACCACCGAGAAGAACGUGCUUCCAGAUCCAGAAGUGAUCGAGCAGGAGAAGGGCCAAAAGAACUUCAUCUCUGGCAUCGAGAAUUUCGACAGGACGAAAAUGAAGCACACCGAGACCCAGGAGAAGAACCCGCUGCCGACGAAGGAGGCCAUCGAUCAGGAGAAGAGCGCUUAAAAAGGGCACCGAUCUCCGAGGAUCUAGAUGGCGAAGGGUUGCGCGCCGCCUACUACUUCCACGCGCUUCUCCCUUCGUCGUCGUCCCAAAAAAAAACAACAACAAAAAAAUUCAAAACUUAAAAUAAAAGAACGGAGAGAGACACCUUUUUUGCCGAUUUACAUUUAACACACACAUAACAUAGUCAUCUUUCUUUUAUAUAUAUAUAUAUAUUCUCAGAAUAAAGUUUGUUUAAAUAUUAUAUAAAGAAAAAUCAACAACAACAAAAGCUGAACACCAACCAGAUAAAGUGUAAUAGAGGGAAAGCAGAAAUAAAAUAGGAAGGGCUCACAACGUUUUUUUUGAUACUUCUAUAUUUUGUAAUGGUUUUUAUACUUUUAUACAAUAUUUA